AUGACUACCACUGCUAUCGAAGUCCCCAAGAAGCAGAAGGCUGUUAUCUUUGAUAAGCCUGGCACAGUCUCGACUCAGGUCGUAGAGAUUGACGUGCCCGAGCCUGGUGCCGGUGAGGUUCUAAUCAAUAUAACCCACUCAGGCGUGUGCCACUCUGACUAUGGCAUCAUGACCAAUACCUGGAGCAUGCUCCCAUUCCCAACCCAGCCAGGCCAGGUAGGCGGCCACGAAGGCGUCGGCAAGAUCGUCAAGCUCGGCGCAGGCACGGAAUCCUCAAACCUGAAAAUCGGCGACCGAGUCGGAGUGAAAUGGGUCUCUAGCGCAUGCGGCCAUUGCCAACCCUGCCAAGCAGGCUCUGACGGACUCUGCUUCAACGGAAAAGUAUCCGGCUACUACACCCCAGGAACAUUCCAACAAUACACCCUGGGACCAGCAAACUACGUAACCCCAAUCCCAGACGGCCUAGACUCGGCCGAAGCAGCGCCAAUGCUAUGCGCCGGCGUAACCGUAUACUCAGCUCUCAAGCGCAGCCAUGCCCGCCCAGGCCAGUGGGUGAUAAUCUCCGGCGCCGGCGGUGGACUAGGCCACAUCGCCGUGCAACUCGCCAGCAGGGGCAUGGGCCUACGCGUCAUUGGAAUCGACCAUGGCAGUAAAGAAGAGCUAGUUAAGGAAUCCGGCGCGGAGCAUUUCAUCGAUAUCACCAAGUUCCCCAAGGACGACAAGGGCGAGGCAUUGACGAAGCAUGUUCAGUCGUUGACGGAUGGGCUGGGUGCUCAUGCUGCUAUUGUGUGUACGGCUGCGAAUGCUGCGUAUGCUCAGGCUCUGCCUUUGUUGCGCUUUAAUGGUACUCUUGUCUGUGUUGGUAUUCCCGAGAAUGAGCCGCAGGCUAUUGCUACGGCGUUCCCUUCUACUUUUAUUAACAAGCAUGCUACUAUUACUGGUUCGGCGGUUGGAAACCGCACUGAGGCUAUUGAGACUAUGGAUUUUGCUGCGAGGGGGAUUAUUAAGGCGCAUUAUCGGACUGAGAAGAUGGAUGCUUUGACUGGGGUCUUUAAGGAGAUGGAGGAGGGUAAGUUGCAGGGUCGGGUUGUUUUGGACCUUUCAGGAUGA